UUAGGGGACAGCAUCAUCCUGCUACAUCCUAAAGCUUAAGCUAUGGAGCUUAAUCAGCUUCUCUACUUACCCUCCUCCUUUUCCGAGGCUUAAAAAAAUGCUUAAUCACAAAACCAAAAGGCGGCGCCUUUGAUCGCUUUACAACCGCGCACGGUCCUCUUGUAGUUGCAGUGCCCAUGCAUCUUACUACUUACUACUACUACCCUUACCCGUGGGCUCAAUUGCGCAUUGUCCUCUUGCAGUUGCACGACAAGACAACGUAGCAGAGCAGAGCGCGGCGGCGAUGCACUUCUUCUCGGGCCGGAGCAAGCUGCGGCAGAAGAGCGGCGGCGGCAAGAACCAGGCCGAUGCCUCCACGGCGGCGAAGGCCAAGCACAAGGACGGCAGGUGCCGCGCUCUGUGCUGCGGCGCGUCGCGGCUCAGCGUGUCUUCGUCCGCGUCCUGUUCGUCCCUGGACGCGCCGGACACGACGCGCGGCCGCAUGUCGGACAUCGCCCACGGCAUGGUCGAGGCGAGGCUGCAGUCCAUGGGCGACGCCGCCUCCGUCGACGGCCGGUCGUCGGCGACGCGCCGCGGGACGGAGCCCGCCGACCAGCGCCGUCGCUGGCCGUGCGUCUGCUCCUGCGCCAGCGGCGGCGGCUGCUACGAGAGGGGCGCGCCCAGGCCCCGGGAGAGGAAGCCGUGCGUCGUGCUGGUGGCCGUGGACAGGAGGACCUACGAGCCCCGGGAGGAGUUCCGCCGGUCCAUCGCCGAGGUGAUCGCGGCGAAGCGGAUGGCCGAGCCGGCGGAGCUGCGGGCGCUGCUCAACUGCUACGUGUCCGUGAACGCGCGCGAGCACCGCGCCGCCAUCCUCGACGCCUUCCACGAGGUGUGCACCGGCCUGUUCGCUUGCAAGGGUUGAAGAGGCCUACUGUCGUCCAUGUCCGCGUGUGCAUCUGUCGUGCUCUCGCAGCCUCGCAACGGGGAAGUGUGAUUGUAUUAGCGUGAUAAGUUAAUUUUUGUUCAAACAGUGUUGCUCAGCACUGCUGUAAUAAUGUGCUCAAGCCUCAGGCAUAGUGCGCCUAUCUUGGGCAAUUUACAUUGUGUAUAUAUUUCGCUGUUUGUUAUGUUGAUAUCUGAACGUAUCCCCAGUUCAGAUGUGGAUUUCACAAUAAGUGAUGCAAGGUCAACAUUGAGUUAUGCCGGCAUACACAUCCAUGAAUACACGACCUAGCAUUAAUAAUUUACUAGUGGUUGGGGCGCCACUUAAAAGAAAGUUUUGCG